GUCUCUCCUCUCGCGCGCUGUGGUCGUACAGUGAAUGAAGCUCUAGCGUGGGAAAGACGAACAGGAUACGCGAAGCACUGACAUGGAUCCACUGUAACAUCACUGCAAUAGCUGCUACUGCGUUCUCAACAGAUCAGCGUUCCCUCCACGUUUAACUCCAGCACGUUUAAAGCUUGAAGACGAUGCGUCUGAUCGCAGCCAAAUCACAUCUGUUCAUCGCGCAGCUGUGGCUCAUCUGUCACACAGAUCUGGCCGUGUCGUACCUGAGAGGUCAGCGCAGACUCGCCGAGGACGUCGACUGGGCUUACACAGGGGCCCUGAACCAGAAGCACUGGGCAAAGAAAUAUCCGGUGUGCGGCAAUGCCAGACAGUCUCCCAUAGACAUCAGUGAGGAGUUCACACAGGUCAGGGUUCAGUACCAGAACCUGCAGCUGGAGAACUGGGACCAACUGACCACUGAAUCCACCACCAUCACCAACAACGGCAAAACAGUGGUAAUCAGUCUGAACGGUCAGUACUUCAUAAGCGGAGGUGGGCUCAGAUCCAGGUUUAAAGUGGGCAGGAUCACGUUCCAUUGGGGCCGAUGUAACGCCACUUCAGACGGAUCUGAACACAGUCUGAAUGGAAACAGGUUCCCCCUGGAGAUGCAGAUCUAUUGUUUUGAUGAUGAGGAGUUUGAAUCCAUAGACGAGGCGAUAAGUAGCGGAGGAAAGGUUACUGCUGUAGCUAUCCUUUUUGAGGCCAGCAUUGAAGACAACCAGGACUAUGCAGCCAUCAUUGAAGGAGUAAACAGCGUGAGCCGAUUUGGUAAAAGCAGCCCUCUGGAAGCGUUUUCUCUGCUGGCUCUGCUUCCACAGUCCACCGAAAAAUACUUCAUGUACAACGGCUCACUCACCGCGCCGCCCUGCUCCGAGAAUGUGGAAUGGAUCGUGUUUAAAAACACAGUGGCCAUCUCAGAAACACAGCUGGAGGUGUUCUGUGAGGUGAUGACCAUACAGCAGGCUGGAUACGUCAUGCUGACCGACUACCUGCAGAACAACUACAGAGAACAACAGCAGCAGUUCAUGGGACAAGUGUUCUCUUCCUACACCGGCACAGAGGAAGUUCCUGCUCCCAUGUGCAGCUCUAAACCGCAGAACGUGCAGGCGGACUCUCAGAACUACACGGGUAUGGUGGUGACGUGGGAAAGGCCGCGGGCCGUCUAUGACACCACCAUUGAGCGCUACUCCGUCACCUACCAGAGACUGCAGGGCAGAGACCCACCAAAACAGCAGUAUCUCACAGACGGAGACCAGGAUGUGGGGGCCAUUAUCCAUCAUCUGCUGGCAAACAGUAGCUAUGUUGUCCAGGUGGUGGCGCUCUGCACCAAUGGCUUGACGGGAAAAAUGAGUGACCAGGUUAUUGUGGACAUGCCUCUCGAAGACCCUGUAAAUGAGCCCGAUCCCUUUGGAGAUUUAACAGAAUCAGAGGAAUAUAAUGAGGAAACAUCUCCACCUGCUUCCAAAUCUCCGCCCGGCCGAAACCUCAUCCGUGAUUCCGGGAGUUCCAUCUCCAUCACCACGGCGACGGACCAACCAGGCUUCCUGUUCCCCGUGGUCAGAACGACCCCCAUUACGGUCCGCCGGAAAAUGACAGAGGAGUCUUCACUAUCAUGGUCACCUGACCAAAACAAGAGCAGAAACGAGACCAGACGGCCACUGAACAGACUCCUUCCAGAGGACGGCGGCCAGCUUCCUCACAGCAGCAUGCUGGUCACAGACGUCUACCACGAGGACAGCACCACAAAAACCACACCAGCUCAGGAUCAGGACCAAGAAACCUCAACUUCAAGCAGCACCACUAAACCUGUAUUAAACGCAACCGCAGCAGCUAAUGCUAGCACUGGAUUGGCCAUUACAGCGUCUAUGAAGAUCAUUUCUCAGACCACUCAGCCCCUGUUUAAUGCCACAUCGUUCAAUAAUCAAAGGGUAGCGAUGGUUCACGAAGCCUCAGAUCUCUAUGAAUCCUCAGCCACUCUUUUGGAGGAGGGCUCUGCUCAGCUUCCUUCUUCAGGAGAGUUUAGCGGAUCGGGGUCCGCGAUCUUCCUGGAGGAGCUCGACCGGGAAUGGGAGCUCGACCAAACCCGGUCGGCUCUCAAAGACUCCCGUCUGAGCUUCAGCAGUAGAUCUGAAGAUGAAAACCGAGAGGGACUGUCCUCUACUUUCUACUUUGAGAGCGAGCGAGAGGCGGCCACCACCGGAGAGCCAGAGAACCGGGUGUUUCUGUCAUGGGUGACCUGGUCAGCUGAGUCUGACUCUGGCUCUGGUCAAGGAGGGUCAGUGAGCUCUCAGAGCGAUGAUAUUCCCAUACAGCUCGUAAUUCCUCAACUCACUAUCCGAGAGUCAGAGGAAGACCAGAACGCAGAGGCGAGUAACAGCAGUCCGGAGUCUCGUGUCGGGAUGGUGGGAGGCACAGAGAAGGAGAUGAGGACGGUUGUUCCUCUGGCUGUGGUUUCCACUCUCACUGUCCUGUGUCUGCUGGUGCUGGUGGGGAUUCUCAUCUACUGGAGAAGGUGCUCUCAAACUGCACAGUUUUAUGUAGAGGACAACAUUUCAGGCCGAGCCAUAUCGGCCCCAUCAACACCUCUUCUUCUGCCUACCGCAGAGGACAAUGAAGCUCUCCCCGUAAAAGAAUUCGUAAAACACGUUGCUGAUCUUCACACGAAUCACACAUUCUCCAAAGAAUUUGAGAUCUUGAAAGAGUCUUACGAGGAGAUUCAGGGCUGUACGGCGGACAUCGGCAUCACUGCGGACAGCUCCAACCAUCCAGACAAUAAGAGCAAGAACAGAUACAUUAACAUCCUGGCCUAUGAUCACAGUAGAGUUAAACUCUCGCAAAACUCUGACAAAGAUGGAAAGACAGGGGACUACAUUAAUGCCAACUAUGUGGAUGGCUACAAUCAGCCGAAAGCAUAUAUAGCCGCCCAGGGUCCGCUGAAGGGCAGUCUGGAAGACUUCUGGACGAUGAUAUGGGAGCAGAACGUGGGUGUGAUCGUCAUGAUCACUAACCUGGUGGAAAAGGGCCGGAGAAAAUGUGAUCAGUAUUGGCCCUUGGAGAAUCAGGAGGACUAUGGAUGCUUCCUAGUCACGCUGAAGAGCACCAAAACUCUUGCCUACUACACGCAGAGGACGUUCAUCUUGAGGAACGUUAACGUCAAAAAGGGCUCACAGAAGGGCCGCAGUCAGGAGAGGACGGUGCUUCACUUCCAUUACACUCAGUGGCCCGACAUGGGCGUCCCAGAAUACACUCUGCCCCUGCUGUCGUUUGUGCGGGCGUCCUCGCAGGCCAGGACGAAUGAUAUGGGGCCUGUGGUGGUGCACUGCAGUGCCGGUGUGGGAAGAACAGGAACCUACAUUGUGAUCGACAGCAUGUUGAAGCAGAUAAAGGAGAAAAGUACAGUGAACAUCAUGGGAUUCCUCAAACACAUUCGGACCCAGAGGAACUAUCUGGUGCAGACUGAGGAGCAGUACAUCUUCAUCCAUGAUGCUCUAGUGGAGGCCAUCAGGAGUAAAGCGACUCUGGUCUCAUCCAGUCACAUUCACACGUAUGUGUCUGAUCUCCUCACACCGGGACCUACAGGAAAGACCCGCCUGGAGAAACAGUUUAAGCUGGUCAGUCAGAGCUGUGCGAAACAGAGCGAUUACACAGUGGCUUUGAAGGAGUGCAGCGCAUCUAAAAACAGGACGUCUUGUCUUAUGCCUGGUGAGUGUGACGACUAUGUGCUGGAGGUACGGCAGUACCAGAGCCCUCGCUGGCCGAACCCUGACAGUCCCAUCAGCAACUGCUUUGAGCUCAUCAACAUGAUCAGAGAAGAGAGCUCGCGUCGAGAGGGACCCGCCAUCAUCCAUGAUGGGUCUGGAGGGACGAGUGCUGCUUUACUCUGUUCACUGACCACCCUGGUUAACCAGCUGGAGGAGGAGAACAGUGUGGACGUCUAUCAGACCGCCAGAAUGAUCAACCUCAUGAGACCGGGCAUCUUUAAUGAUAUUUUCAUCGUUACCCAGAAUCCUCUGCCAAACACCAUACAGGACUUUUGGAGGAUGAUCUGGGAUCACAAUGCACAGAUCAUAGUUUCUCUGCCAGAUACACAGAGCGCCAGCAGAGAGGGAGAGUGUGUGUACUGGCCCACUAAAGAUCAGCCAAUCAGCUGCGAGACCUUCACUGUGACCUUCAGGGGUGAGGACAAACUGUGCCUGUCCAAUGAGGAGUCACUCGUGGUACAGGACUUCAUUUUGGAGGCCCUGAAGGACGACUAUGUGCUGGAGGUACGGCAGUACCAGAGCCCUCGCUGGCCGAACCCUGACAGUCCCAUCAGCAACUGCUUUGAGCUCAUCAACAUGAUCAGAGAAGAGAGCUCGCGUCGAGAGGGACCCGCCAUCAUCCAUGAUGGGUCUGGAGGGACGAGUGCUGCUUUACUCUGUUCACUGACCACCCUGGUUAACCAGCUGGAGGAGGAGAACAGUGUGGACGUCUAUCAGACCGCCAGAAUGAUCAACCUCAUGAGACCGGGCAUCUUUAAUGAUAUUGAUCAGUAUCAGUUUCUCUACAAAGCGAUCCUGAGUUUGGUGAGCACCAAGGAGGACGAGAGAGCUCUUCACUACUCGGAAAACAACGGCACGGUUCCCGCCAGCCCAUCAGAAAGCCUGGAGUCUCUCAUGUAGCUAUACAGAGCACUGUCACACUUCACCCAAGGAAACGUACAUUGAAUCAAGAGAAAGUCGUUUUUGAAGCCCUCCCAAAGUCUCUACACGGACUACAUGGGUACAGGAUAUACUGUCAUUUGGUCUUUUAUUGUGCCUUUUUGUUACCUUUGUACUUUUUUUGAUAUAAUAUUAUUGUUGUAACUAAUGCCAAAAUUUCUACUCUUUGGAAAAGCAGUGACUGCUGUAUUGCUGGUGAUGUCUUAGGUUUAGUCAGACAUAACUGUUGAAGAAAUAUUUAUUUAAGUAGCAGGGGAAUAUGAUUUCAUACGGUAUCUAUUUUGGGGGUAAAAAUUUUUAGAUAGAAAAGCGUUCUUGAAAGUAGCCUCAUAGUACAGAAGAGAGAGGUGUGAUUCUAAUAUAUAAAACCAUCGGCCACACCAACAGACCAAAAUACAUUUAUAUGACUAGCGCUUCUUUUUUUACUAUGUUUGUUAUUGUAGCAAUUGAAUGUUUCAUUUCUAAUUGUAGAAAUUCGAGAUUUAAAAAAAUAAUAAUUUACUUAGUUGAUAUGUUGUAACAGACAUUUUCGUACAAUUCUAAUUUGUAAUAAUUAGAACUCUUACUGCAUCCUUCUAGAUUUAAAUCAGCAGUGAAUCUCUGCGCCGUUUCAUAACCACCAUUCAGUUAUUUAUCUCCAUAUUUAUCAACUUUUAUUUAAAUUGUCUAAUCAUUUAGGCCUUUUGUCAAGCUUUAACACAGGAUGUACUUGGAUACAAGAAAGAAAGCACAAUAAAAAUAAACAAAACCGGAUUUUACACGCACAUCAUUUCUUC